AUGGAUCGUAAAAAGGGAAUGCCCUUAAUAAAAAGUGAAGAUGAAUUAUCAAAAUGCAUUGAGAUAUUAAGAAUAAAAAGACAACAAAUUCAUGAGCAAAUUUUAAAGGAAGAGGAUAAAGAGAGAAUGCAGAAAGAGAUAGCCCUGUUAAAUGAAAAGUUACAAGAAGUGUGUCACAGCAUAACAAAAAAACUCCAAACGCGUUUGGAAUAUGACCGGACAAUUAAAGAAACGUCUGCAGCAUAUACCAAAAUAAGAGAGUCCGCUAAAUCGUUAUUACACAUUUUAAAAAGAGAGGAAAACCACUUAGGUAGUAAACUAUAUAGUGGGGCGUCAGAUGAUGAUUUUAAAUCGCUCAGAGAACUGAGAAAUUUGCACAACUGA